GUGGGACCCAUGGGCACUGGGACGGCUCCCACCACCAGGACCCAUUCAGACGGCAGCUGUGUCGUGCGAGCCGUCCUGUCUGUGUAGUAUGCUAAUUAUAGGGUUAAUUUAUCUGGACGCGAUUUAAUCGCCUUGCUGGUCGAGCUUCGAAGGUUGGAGAACACCUGCCGGUACCGGAGGGGAAGUUAGUCCGCCGAGGGAACACUUCGGACCGCAUUCCUUCAGACCGCGACGCGGAGAGAUCGGUGCGCUCCCCGACUCUACAAACCCGUCCAACUCUUUUUCUGCAGUAGACUAUAUUAUUUACUCCCUGGUCCGGUGGCGCAAUUUGUUUCAACGUUUGAAGAAUAACAAUAUAAUGGUGGUAGUUCCGCUAGGUAUUGUAGUGUAAGUCAAGCGAGACGGCGUUUCCUCGGGAUCGGGUCGUAUUCCCCGCUGGUCGCCGUGAUCAUGGCUUUAUGGUGGCUCGUUGUAGCCGCGGUGGUCUGCGGAUCCCCCGGAGCAUACGGAGCCUGUGUUCACCAUGGAUCGCUGUAUAUGACUGCGACAUCGUGGCGAGGCCCUGCCUGUGAGUCGUGCACCUGCUACGGUGACAUCACCGUCUGCCUGCCCCCCCGCUGCCCCAACCCCCGCUGUGACUACCACAAGGGUGAGCGGUUGAGGAUCCCAGCUGAUGGCUGCUGUCCCGAAUGUGUGUCAACAUCUCAAGACCUCUGCCAGCACCAGGGACUCACCUAUGGAGACAACAGCCAGUGGAGCCCCUCCCCCUGUGAGGAGUGUGUGUGUUCUGGGGGGAGUGUGUCCUGCUCCCCACUCCCCUGCCCUCCCCUCCUCUGCCCCCCACACCAGACACUCCGCACCUUAGCAGGACAAUGCUGCCCGAUCUGUGUCCAAACUGGAGCCUCCUGCUCUGUGCAGGGUGAGCUCUUCAGUCAUGGAGACGUGUGGAGCUCCACUCCCUGCUCCAGGUGUGUCUGUCAGGACGGUGACAUCGCCUGCUCUGCUGCUGAGUGCCUGCCGGUGACCUGCCAGCCCGAGCAGAACCUGGUUAUCCCUGCUGGGGGCUGCUGUCCUCGGUGUGUCUCCAACCCCUGUCUGUCUGGAGGAGAACAACACCAGCAUGGAGAGCAGUGGCAGAAGGACUCCUGCACCACCUGUGUUUGUGACCGCGGACAGGCUCGCUGUCACACACACACCUGCCCAGACAUCACUUGUCCCAAGGGUGAGUCUAAAGCGCAGCGGGCCGGUCAGUGCUGUGAGGAAUGUGUGGCGACCAGGGGCUCCUGUCUCUAUGACGGCACACUGCGUUACCAUGGUGACAUGUGGAACGGGACAGGCUGUGAAUAUUGCUCCUGCGAGCGAGGUCAGGUGGUCUGCAGGAACGCAGAGUGUGGCCGCCUAACCUGCCAGCAGGGACAGGAAGUGGUGCGCCUGCAGGGGAAGUGCUGUCCUCACUGUGUUUCCAUGACAACUUCCUGUGUUUUCCAGAAUCGUCCUCACCAGAAUGGGGCUCGCUGGACAGAGGGAGCUUGUCGGGAGUGUGAGUGUGAGGACGGCCAGGUGACAUGCUACCUACGCACCUGUCCUAUCUGCCCAUCCGGGUCCUUGGCCCUGCCCCAGGACGGACACUGCUGCCCUCAGUGCACCAAUGUUCAGUGUCAGAGUGACUGUGCGUCGUGCUCGGGAAGUGCUGACCUCUGCCUGACCUGCCGGGACUCGAAUUCUCUCCUCCACCUCGGCCGCUGCUUGACAGUCUGUCCCCAUGGUUACCGACCGGAUGGACACACCUGCACAGCUUGUCAGCCGUCCUGUGCGUCCUGCAGCAGGGAGUGGGGAUGUGAUUCCUGCGCAGCGUCUCUACUGCUCACCGCUGAUAGGGGGCGCUGUGUCCCCUCCUGCCCCCCCGGGUCAUACCAGCACCUCCACACACACUGCAGUGACUGCCACCCAUCAUGUUCGGAGUGUUUCAGUGCUGGCCAGCAGGACUGCCUGGUCUGUUCUGAUCCUGCUGCCUUGCUCAAGGACGGGGAGUGUGUGGCGGACUGUGGUGCCGGGUACUACAGCCAACAGGGCGUCUGUUCUGCUUGUGACCCCUCCUGCUCCUCCUGUUACCCUGACAACCCUGCAUGCUUGAGCUGCCCGCCAAGCACUGCGCUGCAUCAUGGGAGAUGUAUCACACAGUGCCCUGACCACCAUUACCUAGACAACCAUGGAAGAUGCAGAGGGUGUCACAGCUCCUGUGCUUCCUGUUGGGGCCCCUCUGGGGGCCAAUGCAGUGUAUGCCUUGAGCCCCUGCUGCUCCACCAGGGCCACUGUGUGGACUCCUGUGGAGAAGGCCUCUACCACAAAGACAACACCUGCCACAAUUGCCACCCCUCCUGCCGGUCUUGCCAGGGUCCACAGGGGUCAGACUGCCUGCGAUGUCUCAGACCAGAAGACGUCCUCCUCCCUGUGGACCCCCAACUCCCUCACGGAACCUGCUCACAUGGAUGCCCAGCCCACUUCUACCUGGACACGCUGCACACAUGCAGAGGAUGCCACGCAUCUUGCCUCCAUUGCACGACAGGAAGUGCAGACGACUGUACUGCCUGUCCCCCCCCGGCGCUCCUCCAUUUCGGACACUGCGUCUCCACCUGCCCCCCUGGAGCCUUUCCUCUAGAAAACACCUGUGCAGUGUGCCAUGCGACGUGUGACGGGUGUUCUGGGGAGUCCCUGGCUGACUGCCUGUCCUGUCCACUGCUCGCCUCACUGCAACAGGGCUCCUGCAGAACGAGCUGCCCCGACAGCACCUACCUGCACCCUUCCGGAGAAUGUCGAAGGUGCAGUGAAGGGUGUCAGCGGUGUGUGUGGGACCACCACAGCGGGGUGGGCAGUGUGUGUCUGCGGUGUGGGGCCCCUGACGACCUUCUGCUGGGGGACCACUGUGUUUCCCGCUGUCCCCGGGGCCUCCACCCCUGGCACGGAGCCUGCAGGAGAUGCCAUUCUUCUUGUGAGGGAUGCCGAGGGCCGGACCCCAAGUCUUGUACUUCCUGUCCAGCUGGCCACUUCCUGAUGACCUCAGGCGUCUGUGCCUCCGCCUGUCCUGUUGGUUACUAUGACAACGGUCACAGGGUCUGUCAGGCAUGUGACCAUCAGUGUGGGUCGUGUUCUGGUCCGGGCGUCUGUCUGUCCUGUCGGGACCCUGCUAAGGUGCUGCUGUUCGGGGAGUGUCAGUACGAGCGCUGUGCCCACCAGUACUACCUCAACACCACCACACGCACCUGCACAGAGUGUGAGUGGAGGUGCAACAUGUGCGUGGGUCCUCAGCCCACCGACUGUCUCCAGUGCAUGGAGGGCUUUGUCUUGCAGCACGAUGUCUGCACACCCACAUGCACCCCAGGGUCCUUCCAGAGAGGGGAGCGCUGCUUUGGCUGUGAUGCCCACUGUGCUGAGUGCCGGGGCCCGGCGGCUUGCCUGCGGUGCCAGCCCCCCUACGCUCUGCUGGCUGGUCAGUGUGUGCUAGACUGUGGGCGGAGUCACUUCCUUGACGCCUCUUCCCAAGUAUGCCGACCGUGUUCCUCAGACUGUGUGGUUUGUGAAGACGUGGGCCACUGCAAGUCUUGUGGCGACCAGACUUUCCUGAUAGGAGGGUACUGCACCGCUGACUGUGGACACGGUUACUACGGCAACAAGAAAACCAGGAGCUGCCAGGGUGACCUUCACCCUCCCACCCUGAGUGUGAACGGUUCACUGCUGGUCCCGCUGGGUGGCUCUGGCCCCCUGGGGGUCGGCCUGCUGGUGGUCCGAGACCCCGACAGCCCUCCAGACGCCCUAUUCCUCCAGCUGAUCCUCGCCCCCGCCGCCGGGAAACUCCUGCUGCUCGGGGGAGGGAGGGGAGGAGAGGGGAGGAGGGAGCUGCUCCAGGGAGGCUCCUUCACCCUCAACCAGCUCCACAACGGGCAGGUGGUGUACGAACACACCCAGGACCAGCCGCGGAGAGACCAGUUCACUCUGCGUGUCGCUGACCCUCAGCUGCUGUCUCAGAUGGAGACGGUUGCAGUCCAGGUUGUCUCUACACAGCCUCCUAAGGUGCUGUUUCUGGCCCCUCUGCUGGUGGAUGCUCCGGGUGCUAUGGCAACAAUCACUAAGGCAGUGCUCCACCUGGAGGACCCCGACAACGCAGCCGAGGUGCUACUGGUGGUGCUGGAGCCACCCCAGCACGGCCGCAUCGCUCAUCUCCAUGGUAACAGGGAGCUGGGGAGGUUCGGUCUGGAUCAGCUGAGCCGGGGACAGGUGGUGUACCUCCACGAUGGCUCCCCCACCUACAAGGACCUCUUCAUGCUGCAGGUCAACGAUCGGCACCACUACCUGAACGUCCCCAUUCAGGUCCUCAUCUCACACAGGACCUUAUCUCCCAAGAUUCGCUCCAUCCCAGUGUCAUGGGUGAAGGAGGGGGGAAUGGUUCAACUCAGCAGGAAGCACUUGAAGGCGGUGCUUCAGGGUACCGCCCCCGAUGACAUCAUAUACAGCAUCAUGCCUCUCGACGGAAAACCCGAACACGGUGAGGUUGUUCUGAUACCCAUGCCAGCGGACGCCCCAGCGUACUCCUCCUCCUCCUCCUCCUCUUCCUCCUCCUCCUCCUUCACCUCCACCUCCACCUUCACCCAGCAGGACGUCAAUGACGGAGCUGUCUGGUACCGGCACUUUGGAGACGGCACCCAGCGAGACGCCUUCCACUUCCAGGUGUCUACGGAGGGCUCACCUGACCUCCAGGGUGACCCCCAGGUUUUCUCCAUCGGGGUCCUCUCCCAGGGACCCGGAGUCCCCCAGCUGGACCCAGACUGCCAGCUCCAGCUCACGGCUUUAGAGGACCAGGUCACAGAGAUAACGUCCUCAGCGUUGUCGUUCAUCGACUCUGAAUCUCCAAGCCACAAACUGAUCUACAACAUCACCACUCCAUUAAUGCCAGGACAAGGGGCGAUCGAGCACCGGGACGUUCCGUACCAAGCAGUCAGGUUCUUCUCGCAGGCCGACGUGGACGAUGGAAAGAUCCUGUAUCGCCCCCCCUCAGCCCCCGCCCACCUGCAGGAGCUGUACCAGUACUCCUUCACUGGCUUACCAGAGUCACUCAACAUCUAUUUCUCAGUAUCCGAUGGAGAGUACACCACUGGAGUGCUGGACUUCUCCAUCCUCCUGCUCUCCAACCACCAGCAGCCUCCUGUCUUCCAGGUCCUCCGACCCCAGCUGGAGGUCAGCCCGGAGGGAAGGGCAAGCUUGGGAGGUCAGCAGCUGGCGGUAGCAGACGCGGACACAUCUCCUGAUGAUCUGGAGUUUGAGGUGGUUAAGACGCCCCUGAAUGGAAGGCUGCUACACUCGGACAUCCCCAUGAAGACUGGUGAGGUGUUCAGCUUCAGCGACGUGACGAGGAACUCUCUUCAGUACCAGCACACUGUGCUCUCCAAGCAGGAGGACGCCAUCACCUUCUCUGUCAGCGAUGGCAUCUCCAUGGCAACCACUGUGGUGCAGGUGGUGAUCCUUGAGGCGGGGGCUGACGGACCCAGGAAGGAUCCGGGGUCGAUCUUGUCCCUGGAGGUCGGGGAGAAGAGCAGCACCGUGCUGCGGCGCUCGCACCUAGCGUAUACGGACAACUCGUCUCCAGACCAGCAGAUCCGGAUCCAGCUGGUCUCGGCCCCGAUGUACGGCCUCUUGACCCGGGGACUGUCCCCCCAGGACCAGCAGGAGCUGGCGGAGUACUCAACCUUCACCAUGGAGGACAUUAACAAGCAGCGCAUCCGGUACAUAACUUCCUUGGAGACGGGCAGCCAACCGGUUACCGACAUCUUCCACUUUGUUGUUUACGACGGUGACAACAAUCGCCUCGACAAACAGAUGUGCACCAUCACCAUAACCUCCACCAUAAGAACAACUCCAAAGGUUACAGUACGCGGCGGCAUCAAGGUUGAGAAAGGGGGGCGGGUCCAGCUCUCCACCAAUCAAAUAAUUGUAUCAGACCUGAACACAUCCAGGAAGGAGCUUCUGCUCUGGCUGGUGACCCCGCCCAAAUAUGGCUUCAUCGAGAGGAAAAGUCAUACUGAGGGAGGCACAGAAGGCUCCAGGGUCAUCACUCCUGACCAGCCCUUCUCCCUGGAGGACCUGGCCUCUGACCUCAUCUUCUACGUCCAGGAGGCCGGGGGUGACUCCCAGCAGGACCUCUUCAGCCUCUACGUCAGCGACGGACACCGCCAGACAGAGGCCUUCAACGUAGAGAUCCAUAUCCAGCAGAGUAGCCAGGCCAUCGCCCCAGUGGUGUCAGUCAGCAGCGUGGUGGUGGAGGAGAACUCGGGCGUGGUGCUCACCAACACCUCGCUUAGUGUCCUCGACCUAGACACCCCCCUCAACGAGAUCAUGAUCACCCUGGACACCAAGCCUGCUCAUGGCAAACUGCGGAGGCGUCAGUUCUACUCGCAGCCCCUGAGCAGUGGGCGUGUCCUGUCGGUCGGCUCCUCCUUCUCCUACCAGGACGUCCUGGACAUGCUAGUGGUCUACACCCCUGACGGGGGCGGAGCUAGCGACCGGCUGGAGUUCACGCUCACCGACGGCGUGCACACGCACAGCGGUGCCCUGGACUUCACCGUGACGGCCCGGCACCGCGAGGGCCCGCGCAUGACCGUCAACAGAGGCCUUCAGCUUGCCGCAGGGUCUGCAUCUAAGAUCACUGAGCAGAACCUUAAGGGGUCUGACAUUGACUCGGACCCCCUGAAGCUCUCCUACAUACUGACCUCCGACCCUGCCGCUGGGACCCUCCUGCUCAACAAAAAGAAGCUCUCAGCCAAAGGCCCCACUCACAGCUUCACACAGGAAGACGUCAACAAAGGGCGGCUGCAGUUCAGCCACAGCCGGGAGGAGAAGGGAGGAAGUCUGUCCUUUAAGUUCAACCUGGUGGACCCCGAGGGGAACAAACUGAUCGACCAGUCAUUCUUCAUCAGUGUCCUGGUGGACCGACUGCCCCCUGUGGUGGAGGUGAACAAGGGCCUGGUCCUGGACGAGAACAGCCGAAAGAAACUGACCACCCUGCAGCUGUCUGCCAGCGACCAGGACAGCGAGCCGUCCGAGCUGCUGUUCACCGUCACCAAGCAGCUCGACCUGGGCCACCUGGAGCACGUCGCUAACCCAGGGAGUAGUAUCAGUAGUUUCUCCCAGGCUGACCUGGUGUCUCGGAGUGUCCAGUAUGUCCACACCAGUGAAGAAGAGAAACACUCCGACCAGUUCACCUUCAGCGUGUCGGAUGGACAGAACGAGGUUGCCCAGACGUUCUUCAUCACCAUCAGGCCGGUGGAUGACUCGUUGCCAUGGCUACAGGUCCCUGGCAUGCGCGUCCAGGAAGGGGUCAGGAAAACCAUCACUGAGUUUGAACUCAAGGCUACUGAUGCUGACACUGAGGCAGAGUCCAUAGUGUUCAUGGUGGUCCAGCCACCCCGCCACGGCUCCAUCGAGCGGACGGCGAGCGGCCAGGUGUACCGGCGGACCAGCAGCUUCAGCAUGGAGGACGUGUUCCAGAACCGGAUCAGCUACAACCACGACGGCUCCAACUCACUGAAGGACCGCUUCUCCUUCACCGUGUCCGACGGGACCAACCUGCUCUUCAUGGUGGAGGAGGGGGGCAAGGAGGUGGUGACUGCCGCUCCCCAGAAGUUCAAGGUGGACAUUCUCCCAGUGGACGACGGGACGCCGCGCAUCGUCACCAACCUGGGCCUGCAGUGGCUCGAAUACAUGGACAACAAGGCCACCAACCUGAUCACCAAGAAGACCCUACUGACCCUUGACCCCGACACAGAGGAUGGUCAGCUGGUCUACGAGGUCACCACCGGGCCCAAACAUGGAUUCCUGGAGAACAAACUAAAACCUGGCAACACGAUCACCAGCUUCACUCAAGCCGACGUGAACCUCGGUCUGGUCCGCUACGUUAUGCACCAGGAGAACCUUCAGGAGACCUCAGACAACUUCAAGUUCCUUGUGAAGGACAGCAAGCCCAACGAGGUCCGGGACAACGUCUUCCACAUCCAGUGGUCUCUCAUCAGCUUCCAACAUAAGAGCUACAACGUCAGCGAGAAGGCGAACACGGUGUCUGUGACGGUGAAGCGGAGCGGGAACCUUAACCAGUACGCCAUUGUGCUGUGUCGCACGGAGCCCGGCAGCGCCACCUCCAGCUCCUCCCUGGGGCAGCGGCCCGGCCAGCUGGACUAUGUGGAGUAUGCUGGACAGGUACAGUUUGAUGAGCGAGAGGACACAAAGGUGUGCACCAUCAUCAUCAACGACGACCAGGUGUUCGAGGGUGUGGAGAGCUUCCAUGUGGAGCUGAGCAUGCCCGUCUAUGCCCUCCUGGGGGCCGACAUGCGCGCCGUGGUCAACAUCAAUGACACGGAGGACGAGCCCAUGCUGCAGUUCGACAAGAAGACCUACCACGUCAACGAGAGCGCCGGCCUGGUCCACAUUCCCGUGGAGAGGAAAGGCGACCUGUCCAGUACGGUGUCAGCAUUGUGCCACACGGUGUCCCGCACGGCGCAAGGCAGCAGCCUGCACUCGCUGGGUUCUGGGUCGGACUACAAAAGCCGGGGGAAGGGCGGGGACCAGCGUGUGGUGCUGGGCCCCGGGGUCUCCAUGACCUCCUGCGACUUGCAGCUGGUGGACGACUCGGAGUACGAGCUGUCGGAGGAAUUCCAGCUGGUGCUGUCAGACCCCUCGGAUAACGCCCGCAUGGGGGACAUCACGGUGGCCAAGGUGGUCAUCGACGGGCCAAACGAUGCCUCCACCGUCACCCUGGGCAACGCCACCUUCACCUUCAGCGAAGACAUCGGUACCAUCGAGAUCCCGGUGAUCCGGCACGGCAGUGACCUGACGGCCGUGACGUCUGUGUGGUGUGCCACCCGCCUCACCGACCCCCCCUCUGCCACCCCUGGGCUCGACUACAUCCCCAGCUCCAAGAAGGUGGAGUUCAAACCUGGCACAACACAAGAGACGUGCAGUCUGACUAUCAUGGACGACCUGCAGAGCCCCACUAUCGAGGGCCCCGAGUCCUUCGUGGUUUUCCUCAGCUCCCCCCAGGGGGCCGUUCUGCUGGAGCCCUAUGAGGCCGACGUCGUCAUCACCGACACCAUCCAGGACAUUCCCAGCAUGCAGUUUGAGAAGAUUGCGUACAAGGUGAAGGAGAAGGAGGGCGUUCUCCACGUCCCUGUGCUGCGGACGGGAGACCUGUCCUCCGUCUCCUCGGUCCGCUGCUUCACCCGCAUGCUCAGCGCUCUGGUCAUGGACGACUUCACCGAGAGGAGGAACGCAGACGAGUCUCGCAUCACCUUCCUCAAAGGAGAGAAGGUAAAGAACUGCACGGUGCGUGUCAGCGAUGACUCUGUGUUCGAGCCUGAAGAGGACUUCCAGCUGCACCUGGGCUCUCCAAUCAGCGAGCACUGGAGCACGGCCAUGGUGGGGGCCAGGGACCUGGCCACAGUCACCAUUACCAACGAGGAAGACGCUCCCACCAUUGAGUUCCAGCAGGUGUCCUAUCAGGUGCGGGAGCCGCCCGGCCCAGACGGCGUCGAGGUGCUCAGCGUCAAGGUGCAUCGUUACGGCGACCUGGACCGUACCUCCAAGAUCCGCUGCAGCACACGGGAUGGCUCGGCCCAGUCCGGCCUGGACUACAACCCCAAGAGCCGCGUGCUCAAGUUCACCCCCGGGAUGGACCACAUUUUGUUCAAAGUGGAAAUUCUGUCCAACGAGGACAGGGAAUGGCAUGAGUCAUUCUCAUUGGUCCUGGGUCCUGACGACCCCGUGGAGGCAGUGCUUGGGGAGAUCACCAUGGCAACCGUCACCAUUCUGGACCAGGAGGCAGCGGGCAGCCUCAUCCUCCCAGCCCCGCCGCUCGUGGUAUCUUUGUUGGACUACAACCAGGUGGAGGAGGUGACCGUGGAGGGCAGUAAGAAGGCUCCAUCGACGGGGUACCCCCUGGUGUGUGUGACCCCCUGCGACCCCCACUAUCCAAAGUACUCUGUGACCCGGGGGCGGUGUGAGGAGGCGGGCAUCAACCAGACCCAGGUGCACUUCUCUUGGGAGGUGGCCACGCCCACCCACAGCAGUGGGGCCCGCUCCCCCUUCGAGACCGUCACCGACAGCACGCCCUACACCGGUGUCAACCACAAGGUGCUGGACAGUAUCUACUUCAGCAGGCGGUUUCAUGUGCGCUGUGUGGCCCAGGCCCGUGACAAGGCGGGUCACCUGGGCACGCCCCUCCGCAGCAACAUCGCAACCAUCGGCACCGAGGGCGCCAUCUGCCACACCCCUGUUACCACAGGAACCGCACGAGGCUUUCAGGCCCAGUCCUUCAUCGCCUCCCUGAAGUACCUGGACGUCAAACACAAGGAGCACCCCAACCGCAUCCAUAUCUCGGUCCAGAUCCCCCACCAGGAUGGCAUGCUGCCCCUGAUCUCCACCCUCCCGCUCCACAACCUCCACCUCCUUCUGUCCGAGUCCAUCUAUCGCCAGCAGCACGUCUGCUCCAACCUGCUCACUCUUACAGAGCUGCAGGGACUGUCUGAGGCGAGUUUCCUUGAGGAAGUGUCCUACGACAGUAUCUCCCUGGGCCCGGGAUACGACCGGCCAUACCAGUUCAACCCCCAGGUCAGAGAGCCACGCACCAUUCAGCUGUACCGACACCUCAACCUGAAGAGCUGUAUCUGGAACUUCGACGCCUUCUAUGACAUGACUGCCCUCAUCGACGUCUGCGGGGGUUCGGUCACCGCAGACUUCCAGGUGCGAGACUCGGCCCAGUCGUUCCUGACGGUGCAGGUCCCGCUCUACGUGUCCUACAUCUACGUCACGGCUCCGCGUGGCUGGGCCUCGCUGGAGCACCACACAGAGAUGGAGUUCUCCUUCUUCUACGACACCAUCCUCUGGAGAACAGGUAUCCAGACGGACAGCGUCCUAUCGGCGCGUCUCCAGAUCAUCCGGAUCUUCAUCAGGGAGGACGGGCGGCUCGUCAUCGAGUUCAAAACACACGCCAAGUUCAGAGGUCAGUUCGUCCCUGACCACCACACUCUCCCUGGUCACAAGUCCCAGCUGGUGGCCCCAGACCACCUAGGAGGAAUCAAGUUUGACCUGCAGCUGGUGUGGAGCGGCCAGACAUUCGACUCUCCGUACCAGCUGUGGAGAGCCACCAGCUCCUACAGCAGGAAGGACUACUCUGGAGAGUACACAGUGUUACUGGUCCCGUGCACGGUGCAGCCCACCCAGCCCUGGAUCGACCCGGCAGACAAACCCCUGUCCUGCACUGCGCACGCCCCCGAGAAGUUCCUGGUUCCGAUCUCCUUCCAGCAGACCAACCGGCCGGUCCCGCUGGUCUACUCCCUGAACACAGAGUUCCAGCUGUGUAACAACGACAAGCUCUUCCUCCUGGACCCAGCCGCCGCAGAUAUCUCCCUGGCUGAGAUGGACUACAAGGGGGCCUUCUCCAUGGGUCAGACACUGUAUGGCAGGGUGCUGUGGAACCCGGAGCAGAGUCUGAACGCGGCCUACCGGCUGCAGCUGGAGAAGGUGUACCUGUGCACCGGUAGAGACGGAUACGUCCCCUUCUUUGACCCCACUGGAACCCUGUACAACGAGGGCCCGCAGUACGGCUGCUUACAACCCUCCAAGAGCCUCAAACACCGCUUCCUCUUGCUGGAUCGUAAGCAGCCCGAUGUGUGUGACAGCUACUUCCACGAUGUUCCCUUCGAGGCUAACUUCGCCUCGGACCUCCCGGAAUUGCAUCCCAUGGCGGCUAUGCCUGGCGUGGACGGCUUCACCAUGAAGGUGGACGCACUCUACAAGGUGGAGGCGGGACACCAGUGGUACCUGCAGGUCAUCUACGUCAUCUCACCGGAGUCGCGGUCCGGCGUGCGGCUCCAACGCUCCCUGCUGGGCGUUGCCCUGCCCGCCGCACGCCACCGCCGUGACCUGGUGGACAGCAGCGGGCGCCUGACGCUGGACGAGUCUCUGAUCUACGACAAUGAGGGCGACCAGGUGAAGAACGGAACCAACAUGAAGUCUCUGCGACUGCAGGCAACGCCGGCCCCCGCCUACAACGCCUACCUUGGGAGCUCGGUGGGGGGCGGGGUGGCCGCAGUCUCCCUUCUGGUCCUCAUCCUGCUGGCCUCGUGCCUACUGGUGCAGCGCUGCCGGGCGGGGGGGGGGAAGGGUUCUCGUGAGGAGUACCCACUGAACACCAAGGUAGAGGUGUGUCUGGACAAGCGCCUGGAGAAGAACUUCAGCAGCAGACACUGCACAGUACGCAACUUCAACGAUCUCCACGGCAACCAUGACACGCGCACCGCCAAGGUCAACAACAAGACGAAGCAGGUCAACCUUGGGGUAAAGCUCCACAACAACCUGGGCGAUGGGACGGAGGUGUAGCCGUGCUGUUCGCUCCACUUCCUGUUGGUAUGGGCGCGGCAGGAAGCACGUCAGAGGAGGAGGAAACGAACAGCGGGCGCUCAAGUCUAUUGAACUGGUAUUUUCCAAGUUCUGAGUUUGUUCUUCAAGGAAGUAAAUGUUGUAUGUAUUUUUAUAUCAGGUGAGAAAGGGAAACGGGUUUGAUAGCAGACAACAACAUGACAUCAUGAUUUCACAACCAAGCUAACGCGCACGUUUCAUCACGUAAUUCCAAGAGUAUUAUGGGUGGUUCAGCUCCGAAUCCGGAUGGUAUCCAUGGUAACCAUGUCUCCAGUCUGCUUGUUUCUUAGCCAAUCAGUUUCCAGGCUGGCAGUUGCUGUGCCAUGUUAGCCCCCCUGCGGUGUGAAGCAGCCUGGAGUGUAAAUAAAGGAGGAUAUAAUGGAUGUGAGCUGUUCAAGUGCAAUUAAAUCUUCCUUCACAAGCAGAUAUA